CGUCAAUGGAGGCCGCCUCAGCGGCUGCUGCCUUUAGCGUUGCUAAUGAUACCUAUGGUGUUGCGGGAGGUUUAUCCCUGCAUGAGUUGUUGGGAUCAAUAGCGCCUAUACUUGGCACGGUCGGAUCGGUUCUCUCGGUGAUACAAUACUUGUCUUGCAUACCGACAUUGGUUGAAGUGUCGAGGAGGAAGAGUACGGGAAAACUGUCGGCGAUGCCCUACUGCACGACAUCCCUAUUAUCAUUACUUUGGAUUACAUAUGCUCUUAUGGUACCUGGGAGGAUGGCAAUACUCGGCAUCAAUGCGGUAGCGUUGGGUUUCAUGGUCGUUUAUAUGUCUGUCUUCUUGCGUUACACAGAUUGCAAGAAGCAGACUAUGGUGAAGUACAUGAGUGUGUUAUUGUGCUAUGGCGCAGUGAUUAGUGUUGCCGUUUUGUUUGCGACAUCCGUUGCAAGUUUUCUUGGCAACUGCUGCGUCCUAGUCAGCAUCACCAUGUAUGCGUCACCGUUGGCAGUUGUUCCAACUAUUAUAAAGACCAGGGAUUCAUCGUGUAUGCCCCCACUAUAUUCGUUCACAGGCUUCUUGGCCGCUCUGGUAUGGUUCGGCUAUGGUCUGGGUUCUGGGGACUUCCAUGUGUGGAUUCCGAAUGGCACUGGUUCGAUCCUUUGCCUGGCUCAACUCGUUAUUUGGGUGAUCUACCGCACUCCGUACUCCUCUAAAAGCGAGGAAGUUGAGUAUUACGAUGACGUCAAGCCUUACGGUGCUUCUGAAUAUUAUAGUGUGGCCGACACUGACGUGCCUGACUACAUCAGUGUCGAUUCUAACUCUACUGUCUCAAGCGCCGCCUACUUGCUAUUGGAUCCCUGAUUUCGAAAAGAAUGUAUCCAAUUCGUGCUCGUAUCGCUGACCUGCCCCCUCGCAAUUUUAACGAUGUUUUCAUCAGAGUGAGGGCGGCGGUCGUAAGCUUGCACGGGAAGUCUGUAUUCUAUCAACUUGUCAUUACCGAGACUCGUAUUUGCAUUCCGCAAGGCCACAGGUGCUACCGAUGUUUUGUAUCAUCAUAAGUACCUUGGUCGGCUUUGCUGGAGUCUCAGUCGUCUUUAGCUGUUCUUUUUGAUCAUUAUCUGAUAUCUACGAUAGAGCUGCGUGAGCUCGCGCAAUUAGCUCUAUGUAUAGAGAAAGGUUCACCAGGAGUGGCCAGAGCUCAUCAUCCACGUUGUACGUGCAUAUGAUGGUUUUUCACAGAGUCAGCGAUAAUCUACUUGCUAUACAGUUAAUAUAAUCGCUCCUUCUCCUCUCCCAUUCGGACGUUUUAUCUCGGCAUUCACAACAGUACAUAAUUCACUGCAUCUCGAGAAGCGUCUUUGUUGAACCAUGCUCGUUGCUACGUUGUGGCAUGAGUCAUAUUCUUAACCUCUUUUUAUAUACGUGGUAAUAAGUUGCUAGCAUGAGCGAGUGAUCGCGGUAGUAAGCGACCUAUGGUUCUUACUGCUACUUCCAUUGUAGUCGAUUUCCUAUAGGGCAGGUUAAUCGGCUCGUGGAGAUCCGCGAUCAAACGGUUCGAAGAUGAUGGACCGUCGCUCCUCUGGCUGUUGCUAUUUAUCUCUGUAGACAAGGUAUUUUCUGACGUUUAUACUCUUGUUCUACGAAAAAUUGUGACGGUUAGACGAUCCACAGCAUUCUGUUAUUAUUUAUCUUCACCUUUACACAGCGUUUCAGGUGACUCACGGGGACGACUGUGCUACUGUUGACAAUCUCAACUUGCUUUACUGGCAGCGCACCCUCCAUACAUCACUAUCGGGUGCUGUCCAUUCGUAGUAAGUCCUGUGUAGAAUAUUUGUUGUAGCUCAGUGAUCUGUGAUUGAGCGAAAAUUGGGC